AUCCACAAAGCAUGGAGCGAGGUCAGGCAGCACUGGCAUGCAAGAGGUUCAAGGGACGCCAUACACAUGACAGAAUAGCAACGGAGCUUGACCAUAUCCACUCUUCUUAUGGCAUAACCCACAAGAUCACGACAACAGUCACAGACAAUGGCUCAAACUUUGUCAAGGCCUUUAAAAGAUACCAGCCAGUCGAGCAUGAUGACGAGGAUGAAGGUGAGGAUGAGGUGACGUUUACCGAUAUCAGUGAGGCCUUGCAAACCACUGUUGUGAAUGAUGAUGAUGAUGAAAUUGAGAUCACUUUGCCUCCACAUAUGAGAUGUGCGUCACACACUCUGAACCUUGUUUCAUGCACUGAUGUAGACAAAUGGUUACUGUCAACGCCAGGAACAAAAGCAGUGUACAGAAACGCUACCACAAAAUGCACAGGGCUAUGGAACAAGGCUAGUCGGUCAACGGUGGCUGCAGAGACUGUGCAUGAUGUUAUCUCAAAGAUGCUGUUAGUCCCAUGCACCACAAGAUGGAACUCAUUUUAUGAUGCCCUGGCUCGUAUAUGUGGGAUUCCUAUGGUUGAGCUGAACACCAUCUCGUCCAAGUUUGGAUUGACAGCCAUCACAGAACGAGAACACCAGUUCAUUAAGGAGUACUGUACAGUCAUGAAGCCACUUACAGUUGCCUUAGACAUUCUUCAAGGAGAAGAUCAUUGUUACCAUGGCACACUCCUACCCACCCUGGAGACAUUGAUUUUCAAGACCCUGCAACUGAAGAGUGGCCUGCACAUCCUAGUUGACCUUCCAGAGGCAAUUGUCACGGCGAUCAAAACAAGAUUUGCAGAGGUGCUGGAAAGCGAGGAUGCUGUCUUGGCUGCUGUGACUCUGCCCAAGUUCAAACUACGCUGGCUGCGGACACAGGACAGGAAGGACAAGGCCAAGGCAAGUCUGCUGGCAGAGUGUCGGAAACUUGUCCUGUACCAAGACCGGCAAGCAGGUACCAGCCCACCAACACACCAUCUCAGCACAGACUCUGCCAUAGAGGAUGAGUUCUUUUCCUUUGAGGAAGAGGAUGACACCUCUUCUACUGCUGAAAGUCAAGUCGCAGAUUAUUUCAAGUCAGGAGAACAAGGGAUAGACUCUCUUAAUGGAUUUGCACUGAUUAAGAAAAUUUCACUCCAGCAUAAUGCAGCCACUCCAUCCAGUGCCCCAGUAGAGAGACUUUUCAGCCUGGGGAAGCUUGUCUUGACUCCACAGAGGAACAGGCUUUCUGACCAGAAGUUUGAGAAGCUUUUGGUUUUGAGAUACAACCACUGGUUCAGUGGCAAGAACGGAUGGAUGGAUGAGUAGAUGGGUUGGUUUGGAUGGAUGGGGAGAAUGGAAUGAUGGUUGGAUGACUUGUUGGAUUGAUAGAUGAAUGGAUAGAAGAAUGAAUGAAUGCAUGGAUGGAUAGAUGAAUGAGUGAAUGUUCAGGAGCUAAAGUUGGAUACAGUGUGUCUACCUGUUGUCUAAAGUUGUGCUGUAUCUUAUUAGAUUUGCAGUAAAAAGAGUAUUUUUUUUUUUGAAUACAUUUUUGGUACAUUGCUUAAAGAGCAUAAUUUAAUUUAAUAUAUUUGUUGGCUGGCUGCAGUCUCCUGAGGUGAGAUUGUCAAUGGCCAGAGAAAUGGAUAUUUUUUUAAUGUAUUUUUUUUAUUUUUAAUGUAUUACCUGUUUAUAUUUGGAUGUCAUGGAGUUUUUCUACACAUUGCACUUUUCAGUGAUAUUGAAAGCACUUCAUUGUUACACUGUUCUAUUGUUCUGCUUCUUUGAACUACAAAGAGUGACUAUAUUAUUUAUUUUUUUUGUACAUUGCUUAACAAGCAUAAUUUAAUUUUGCUUAGUUGUGGCCUGUUGAGGUGGAAUAAAUAUCAAAAGUUCCAAAACAUC